AAAUCCRUGUCCAAAGAAUGUUCUAUUUGUGAUUGACAAUCUAUGUAUUUAUCAAUAUUCUCAAUUCCCAAACACCAAUUUGUUUUGGUCGUUUUGUGGAUCGUUUUGACGACGAGUCUGGAGUUUGUUUUGUCUGGUGGAAAAGAUAAAUCCAUCAAAAUUUACAAAGAUGCGACGAAGGAGGGACCAAAAAAUGUUGGUAAAGCUUUUGUAAGUAAGGUUCGCAAGUCGUCAAUUGGAAGAAAUGGUAAAAUCGUUGUUUAUCAUAAGCCCACAUUCUUGGGCACAAACACAGAGUUUUCUAUCAAGAACAAACACAAAGUAAAACGUAAGACAUCACGUUUUAGUUUUCAUAACAAACAAGACCAAUAUUUGUCUCGAAAUAAAGUAGAUGGAAAAGUUGAUGCUCGCUCAACAAAGGGCUUUCUUGCGCGGAAAAAGAACAUUGGUGAAAAAGGGUUGUCGCGCAUACAUGAACAGACUGUAUACAAGAAAAGAAUAGACAAUAAUAAAAAUAUUUUGACAAAAACAAGAAGAACUCUAGUCUAUGACGGUAAAGCAACAAAGUUCGGUACGAGCCAAGUAAAAAGAGAAUACUUAAAGAAUGGUUUUCAUAAAGCCAAUAAAAAUCUGCAGAUUAAGAGAAUAGCAAAAUCUGUGCUGCCUUCUGAAGGCUUGUUUGUCAUCAAAGAUGAUGGAAAUGCAAAAAAUGGCAAGAAAAAUGACCCAGUUAAUAUGUCUUCAGAAAUGUCCUCUGUUGGAGAAAUAGGGAGCAGUGAAGUAAAAAGCAAAAUAAAUGAAGCGCCUUCUAAGAGACGUACUGCAAUACAGCAAGAAAAAUCCCCAGGUAGCCAAUCAAAUCCGAGCAAGCGAUCCUUUAAGGUUGAAUUACCAAUGACCUUGGCCAAGCUGCUUUUCCCCAAGGUCAUGAAUAACUACGAUGAGACAAUUAUACAGAUUCACCCGGUAAAAAAUGACAAGGGAGGAAAAACCUUGAUGCUUAAGGUCUCUCAUAAACGACCAGAAACUGGGAAGUUAAAUGAUGCUGUUGCUCCACAAAAGGGCGGGAAGUGCUUUAAUGGCAUGUGUCCUGGACCUGGUUGCUGUCCGGGAGGUACGUUUGUUUGUAUAAUCUUUAUCAGCUGAUCACGUGACUUCCGCCAAGUAUG